GGCGACACUUUCAACACAGAACAGACGUUGUCAUGGUACAGAAAAGGAAUUUGUUGUUAGCUUUCGAUGCUUUUGGCACUUUGUUUGCUCCUAAGAAGCCAAUACCUGAGCAAUAUGGCUAUUUUGCUGCUCUCCACGGCAUAGAAGAAAGUCAAUGGAAGACGCAUAGGGACAUCAUGAUGUCCUUCGGGAAAGCAUUCAAGGACGAGUCUCGGAAGAAUCCAAACUAUGGCCGUGCUACUGGUCUGGGGGCAGAGAAGUGGUGGGCCAAUGUUAUCACCAAAACCUUCGAUCCAUUCCUGAAACCCGGGCAACAAGUCCCACAGGCAUUGGUAACUGACCUCCUCACACAAUUCUCUACAGAUCGGGGUUAUAGUCUCUUUCCAGACGUGAUUCCAUUCUUUCAGAUGCUUCGUAAUUGUAAAUCUCGGCCGCUUGAGAGGUGGAAAUGGGAUAGGACUGUAGUUGGAAUUGUGACCAAUUCAGACGAUCGGGUGCCCGGCAUUCUUCAAUCCUUUGGUUUAGAAGUUGGGAAUCGGCGUUUCGAUAUCGCAGAACGUGUUAUUGCAAAUAGCCAGGAGGACAUCGAUUUCGUCAUCCUAAGCUAUGAUGUUGGGUACGAAAAACCUGACCGUCCGAUAUUCGAUGCUGCUGUCGAGUCUUUAAAGCAGAUGCUAGCCAAAGAGAGCCAAGGUCAAUCAAUCGAAGAUUUCGAGAAAUUAUACGUAGGUGACGAGUACGAGAAAGAUUACGUGGGCGCGAAAAAUGCUGGGUGGAAUGCUAUUCGACUUGACCGAAACCUCCCAGAAAGCGAUGCACGCUCAAUCAACGACCUCAGCCACUUGGAGCAGUGGACACCUAUGAAAAAAAUCUAAAGAAAGUUGAUAUCAUAAUGCAAGACGACAACCAU